UGGCUGAUCUUGUCGGCUCCGCCGCUUUGUGCAUGAUACGGUAAAAUUGGUAUCUUGGAUGAACGCAGGCUACCAGAGGGAGAGAAGGAGAGAGUGGACAAUUAGAGUUUUGCAAACCUGGCGAGCCUUAAUCUUCUGGGGGAGGCGGAAACUUAUAAUGUAGAUGAUGCCCUAAUUGCUCUGGGAUUUGGGAAGUUCCAAACCCUAGUGCUUUUUUAUUCUGGGGUGGCUUAUGCUGCAGAAGCAAUGGAGGUGAUGAUUCUGUCUUUUAUUGGCUCAGCUGUUCAGUCUGAGUGGAAGCUUUCUCCACGCGAGAAGAGUCUUGUUUCUAGUGCGGUGUUUGCUGGGAUGCUUGUGGGAGCUUCUACUUGGGGUGUUGUUUCGGACAACUUUGGAAGGAGGAAAGGUUUUGUCUUUACAGCACUGGUGACAAGUGUGGCUGGUUUUCUAAGUGCAUUCGCUCCCAAUUACAUAUCUUUGGUCAUCCUUCGAUUUUUUGUUGGUGCUGGCUUGGGGGGUGGACCAGUUCUCUUCUCUUGGUUUCUUGAGUUUGUUCCUGCUCCCAGCAGAGGUUCAUGGAUGGUGUUCUUUUCCUUUUUUUGGAGCAUAGGCACAAUCUUAGAGGCUUCACUUGCUUGGGUAGUCAUGCCAACCUUAGGCUGGAGGUGGUUGCUCGGACUAUCCUCAUUGCCAUCAUUUUUGCUGCUUAUAUUUUACAAAUUUACCCCUGAAUCACCAAGGUAUCUUUGCAUGAAAGGAAGAAAGUCCGAUGCAAUGCAUGUUUUGGAGAGCAUAGCUACAAUGAACCAAAAAUUGCUCCCUUCAGGCAGACUUAUCUCUGAUUGUAAAGAGGAAGACUCUGAGCUCGAUGAGAAUACCGAUGAUUUUCACGGAACUCAUGCAGAACAAGUUCGUAGAAAUGGAGCUUCUUUCAUUCGAUAUCUUUCAUCGAAGUUUAGGUGUAUUGGUGCACUGUAUAAGCUUUUAUCUCCGGAGCUUAUAAGAACGACUCUUCUUCUAUGGAUGGGCUUUUUUGGUAAUGCCUUUACAUAUUACGGCGUGAUUUUGCUAACCUCUGGGCUCAGUGAUGGGGACGAAGAUUGUAGGCCGAUAAGGUUGCUUAAGAAUAGCAAGGAAGGCACCAAUCUUUAUAAGGAUGUUUUCAUCACUAGCAUGGCUGAGGUUCCAGGGCUUAUUUUAUCAGCUGUGAUUGUAGACAGAAUCGGUCGAAAACUUUCAGUUGCAUCCAUGCUUUUUGCAACUUUUGCUCUUUUUAUCCCAUUGGUAUUUCAUCUGAAGGAAGUUAGUACAACGGCACUUCUUUUUUGUGCUCGGAUAUGUGUAACAGGAAGCAUCACCACUCUUUGUAUAUAUGCUCCAGAGAUUUAUCCAACCUCUGUCAGGAGUACAGGCUAUGGAACAGCAAACUCAAUUGGAAAAAUUGGUGGGAUUAUUUCUCCCCUUGUGGCAGUUGGCUUGGUGGAUGGUUGCCACAAGGUAGCAGCUGUUCUUCUCUUCGAAGCUGUGAUAUUCUUUACAGGGAUGGCUGUAGUCUUCUUCCCUGUUGAAACCAAGGGCUGUAAGCUGAAAGACUCUUUAUAGAGCUUAACUGGGAGAUCACGAAUGAAUCCAAAUUACAGAUUUCUGCUUCUUAUCAAAACCCGACAUCAAAUUUGAUUCUGAUUUGAUUCAGUUUUAGGUAAUAUUCGACUGUAAUGUCGACUUAGGCUUCGUGUUGCAACAGGGAUCAAUUGAUAUUAAAUGGAUCAUAUGAAAAAGACAAUAAUUCAGAUUUUUGGGCAGUUUGUUAUUUCUUAAAU